UCCCUCGCCGGUUGAUUGGGUGCAAGAUGGCGACCAACGGUCUUCUUCACCCACUGAUUGGCUGACAGCAAGUAAUAUGGCGGGCAGACUGUUCCUUACCCAGCGAUGGGUAGCCCGCAGUCAAGAUGGCGGCAGAGUGGCCUCACUGCCCACAAUCAAGAUGGCGGCCUGCGAGAAGCGGCGCUCAGCCCCGGCCCCGGCGACGGGGAGCGGGCUCGUGGAGCCGGUUCGGGCAGGAGUUGGAGGCCGGGAGCCGGAGAGCGAGGCCGAGUUCCUGCUCCAAGCCGGGGUGACGUCCAUGGUGCGGGAGGCGCUGCUGAAGGUGCUGGAGGCCCGGCCCGAGGAGCCCGUCUCCUUCCUGGCCAGUUACUUCGAAAAGCUGGUGCUGAGCGGCCCCCAGGGCGGUGCUGCCGCGGACCGGCACAGGCAGCAGCAGCGCCUCGUCCGGGCCCUGUGGUACGUGCGCCUGGCCCACCAUUCACACAGGACUGCCUUUCACAACAACGUCAGCAUGGCUUACGAGUGCCUGAGUGCCAGAGGCAGGAGGAAGAAGCCAGGUGUCAAUGGGAGAAUCUACAGUGAGUUGCUCAGGAAGAUCUGCCAAGAUGGGGAAGCCCCCGAAGAGGUUGUUUCUUCUUUGCUGACGAAGAUCCAGUGCCGGGACCAUGAGGCGGUGCCUUUUGAUGUCUUCCGCUAUGGGGUGCUCAGCUGCGUUGUGCUGCUCGAGUUUGUGGCCAAGGCAGAUACUUUGUACGACGUACUUGAUGAUGGUUCUGGCAUGGCGGAUAAAAGGGUUUGCCAGGCGGUCCUGGGAACUCUGGAAGAUGCUCUGGGAGCCAGCGACUUCUCUGUGCCCAUCCGUUACUUGGAGGCCGGCUCCAAGCUGGGACCAGACUGUUUGGCUUUGGCCAUGGACAAAGCAUUGCUAGAGAGGAAGAUUUGUUCCUCCAUGAACAGGGAAGAGUUUCUAAAGAAAGCCACAGCCCUAUUCAUUGCAAAAGUAAAGCCCAUUGACUGACACUCUCCAAUGGGGACAACACUCCCUGUGUUCUGCUAGCGCUUCAAAUGGAGCAGAUUAUUCUGGGGAAACAUCAAAUCCUGGGACUUCAGGUGGCCAUAGUAGGCCAUAGGGGGAGCAAGGUGGGCCUGCCAGUUCCUGUCCUUGCCUGAAGACCUCUGGAUCUACUUGACUAGAGAAUGCUUGUCUUAAAUUUCCUAUUCACCUCCUAAUCCCAUCCUGAACACCUUAAAUGCCAGCCACCUGUAGCAUUUGAUCUGCUGGCUUGUAUAUCCACAACUGAGAAUCUCCCUUUUUAAAAUGGCUGUUUAUUUUCACAAAAAGAACAGGAGUACUUGUGGCACCUUAGAGACUAACAAAUUUAUUAGAGCAUAAGCUUUCGUGGGCUACUGCA